AUGGAUAGGACGGUGAUGACCAUAUGGUCAUCAACAGCUCAUGCUGGUGUACCCUCCUCUAUCACUCCAUCAUCCUUCCAUCAUCUACAGCUCCUAGUCGUACAUGCCCUUCUUGGUGGGGCUCUUACCGACACUGAGGGCCAUGGGUCCGACAGGAGGAGCCGCCUCUGUGGACGAAUAGCUAACACCGAGACCGACAUCGUCACCGAUGGGGACGAUAAUACCCCAAUCGACUACCUUACAUUCAAGCAAUGGAUAGUUGGUGUAGCGGACACAUACACCCCCUCAGGACAUGUGCCUGCUGAUCUCUUGAAUGUUAUAAGCUCUCGAAUCAUCUCUACAGGGAGACCAGCCUCGACCUUGAUGGAACAACCACCGUUGGUGACGGACCCUUUAGAGGUGGACCCUCUAUUCCUCACCGAGGGCUCCUUUGACCUAGUAUGCCCCGCCGAGCUGCUCUCGAUAGUCUAUAAGGCGGCGGUUGAGAUGAGACGGAGGGUGAUGGAGGUUGAGAACCCCGACAGGCAUAGACCACUGAUAGGCUUUGGUGAGGUCCAUCGUGGCCAUACUAAGGAGGAGUCAUCGGCUGUGCAGAGGAGUGACCAUCUAGAGGUAGACCCACCCUUCCCCCCUCCGAAAGUGCCAUGCCCUCCUGACCAGAUCGAUGUCGUAUCUGCAGUCACGCUCACUUCUCUCGGUAGAGAGGUGGGUGGUAAUGAGGUUAUCAGCCAGUCAGUAGGAGAGCCCGAUGCUCUCUUUGAAGAUGGGUGUGCUCUGAGUAUGGUAGAGAGGAGCCUCUUGGGUGGUGAUGAGCGCCCACUCCAAGGGGCGGUCCGGUCUCGUCCUGUCUUCAUCAUGAUUACCAGUAGAGGCUCACCGAGGACAUCUAUAGUGGAGAGGGUUUGCAGGCUGCUGGCCGACGGCUCAGAACACAGGGGCCGUCUACAGCUGGUGUCUCCUAAGUAUGUAUUGGAUGUGGCUCUGGCCACUCCCACUGACUUCCGCACUCCCCUACAGAGAUGGGCUAUAGAGGAGCUGCAUCGAGGGGCAUCUCUAGGCAUGAAGGUCGUCCUUGAUAUGAUGUUGGAGAUGGUUUGUCGUAGUACUCGAUGCCAACAGGUUGGCCUUGUCAUGGAGUUACCAGAGCCGGUGAACACCCAACAGGCUGAGGUCAUGGCACGAUGGCUGCUGGAGGCUGAUGAACUGUCCAAGGAGGAGAUGAUGGAUAUCGAUGCGGUCUUCUGCCCUCCAACGCAGAGCUCUCCUAUCGAGAGAGGUACUCCAGUGCCGAACCCCCUUAAGGACUUAUGGCCAGCCCUACAACGCUUCUCCAUCGACUCAUGUGCCACCAGCCUGUAUGUCGAUAGGGGCUCGGGUGUUGAGGUGUCGACAUGGGAUGUGGACCGAUUGAAGGCUAUGAUGGUCGCUAUUCGAGAGAGGAUACGUAGGGCUGAGGAGAACCCCGAGGAUGAGGACCUACAGGUGCCGGUAGAGGUCAGUGAGAGGGUCAUGAAGGUGAUGGAGAGUGGUGGGUGGGAGGAGGUGCCUUCCGAGGGGCCUACUGGGAUGGAGGACUAUCCUGACAUCCUAGAGGCCCUUACUGGAGAGUAUCUCCUUUAUGGUGCCAAGGGGGAUGUAUUCACAUGUCUAGAUCUGCAUAGGAAGGGAGAGUGGAUUGGGGAGGGUGAUGGAGGGGAGGCAGAGGAGGAGUACACUAACCUCAGAGGCGUUAUCAAUAGACUCGUCACGCAGUCAGAGGGGCUACUGGCUGACAUCCAAGGGCCUCAACAGACAACUGACUUCAGCUUGGAGGAGGCAACUCUCAUCAAUGGUGAUGGCCAUGAUGAGUGGGAUUUGGCCGAACAGAUAAGGUAUCUCACCACUGCUCGCACUGGAGGGCCGCUGGAGAUGCCUCUACCCUUGGAUGGAGAAGGAGGAGAGCCAAAGGAUCUCCUGAGGAUGGGGUAUAGUGAUGGGGAUACCCAUCGGCUCAGUAGGGUGUGGUCUCCCUUCCGUCAACACUGCCCAGUGGCCUUUGUGGACGAGGGUGUUAUCCUACCCGGUAGCGUUGAUUACGCUGUAUCGUGGGCGGAAACAGUCUUUAUGUGUGCCACAAGAGAGCGUAGGAGGGACUUUAUGAGGAACCCUAGAAGGUACGCGUCGGUCGAGAAGCCCUCGUUUGGGGCAGCAGCACACAAGUUGGGGAUAGCGGUGGUGGGUUGUCGACGAGCCGGGAAGAGCUCACUUGCGGCCUCCUUGGUGAGGAAGUUUGAUGGGGAUAUCAAAGCCAUUGAGGUCACACACGAUGAGGGAUGGAUUGAGGAGGCUGCGGCACAGAUGGGGGUCUUGGAGAAUAUCAAACUCUUGGAGGAAUGGAGGCUCAGUGUUGAGGAGGUGCAACGGAGGAACGCCGAGAAGGCAGCUCAGGCGGAGCAGGAGGAGAAGGCCAAUGAGGAGGAGGAGGGAGUCGAGGAGGAGGAGAUGCCAAGGAUGCCGGAGGGGAUACGUACCACACCUGACUGUCAUUACCUUUUGGUUGGACCGACAGUGGAUGAUGUUGAGAAGUGGAAGGAAAGGUGUGGUAUGGCGAUAGGGAUGGUACUAUUGAUGGAUGGUGAGGAUGAUGAUGACGAGGUGAUAGAGGUUAUACGUGAGAGGAUGGAGGAGGUCGUCAAAGAGGAAGUGGAGGCAGGUGGUGAAGAGGAUGUGGAGGACGAGGAGGGAGGAGAUGAUGUGGAGGAGCAGCAGCGAUUAGAGGUCCAAGCAGAACUGAGUGCAGCGAGGGAGUUUGGUGAUAGCCUGGGUCCUACUACUGUACGCCUAUCGAUCACUAAGAGGGUAGAGGACCUCAUUAAGGAGGUCGUACAUACUAUCGACCCUUUCUUGGAGUAUAGGGUGGAUGAUGACCUAGCCUGUGAGGGUGUGCCUGAUCUAUGGCUACCUAUGGAAGGGGAGGAGGAGGAAGAAGGUGUGGUAGAGAGGUCCCAACCGAUAUCAUCGUAUAUAAGACACUCCCCUCUAUGUGGCCCUUACUGCCCUGUCACUAUCAUUGAUGACAACUGGCUCUACCCAGGACAGAUACGCAUACCGGAGGAGGUGCCAGAGGAGAUGGACGCCUCCGCUCAGUGGCUCAGCUUGAAUGGGAGAAUACUGGGCUUUGCCAAUGCUCAAUGCAAAGAGAAGUUUGGAGAGGAGGUAGGGGGGUAUAUGUCGAGGCUGGAGAGGCGUUGGAGUGAUCGACAAUUGGGGAUGAUGCCGCCACCCUCUCGAGUGAUGAUCAUGGGGGCUCAGGGGACUGGAGUUGAGGAGAUGUGUCGGCAAGUCGGGGAGGGAGGAGUAGAUGUAGUGAGGCUGCAUGAGAGGUAUGCUGAAGUAUUACUAAGGAUGGUCGAGGAGAGGAGGAGGGCAUUGGAGGAGGAGAGGAGGCUGAGACGGGAGGAGGAGAGGAAGUUGAGGAUGGAGGAGGAGAGGGCGAUGGCUGAGGAGAACGGUGGGAAGGGGGUAGAUGGUGAGGAAGGACACCCGCUGGAUGAUGAGGAGCAGGAGAAGGAGGAGGAAGAAGAAGAGGAGAUCCCCCCAGCCACUGAGGAAGAGAUGCAACACAUCCGACAGGAGGCUUUCCUUGAGGUCCUUUCACCAACUCUGGGUGCGUGUGUUAUCGAUGGUUGUUGGCCAGUAAUAGAAGAUGAGGAGGGGGAGAAGUUAGAGUCGCUUAUGCGGGCAUGCAGGAGGAUGCCCGAGGUGGCUGUGGUCCUCACUGCUACGGCAUCGGAGGCUGUGGAGACGUGCUUGGACUUGAUGGAGAUCGAUCGAGAGGCAGCGGCUGAGCUGGAGAGGAGGAGGGAGGAGAGGAGGGCGAGGAUGGAAGAGAGGGAGAGGCUGUUGGCUCUACCAGAGCCCCCAGAGGAAGGCAUACCAGAGGUGGAGGAGGAGGAGAUAGAGGACCCAGAGGAGGCCCCUAGUGAGGUAGCGAAGAGAGAGUUCUUGGAGGCUCGCGAGAGGACUGUGCUCGCUAUCACGACUACUGUGGAGUGGAUGAAGGCCCUUGGAGUCUGUGUUAUCGAAAUCGAGUGUGGUCCGUUGGCUCUACGGCAAGUCCGACACGCCUUCCGAGAUCACCUCUUUGCUGAGGACAGGAGGAACCUCAUUUUCAAAUCUGUCUGCAUAUCGGUUGAUAGGGCCGAUGCAGAGGCGUGGCUAAGGUGUGGUAGAGUGGGGCUUUCGGAGGCCUUUGGUAGAGCUGAUGUGUAUGAUAUUGAUGUUGAGGGUAGGGAGGCGGUGAUGGUGGACGAUAGGAUUAUCUACAUGACCAACUCUAGGAUAUGCGUUGUUGGUCCUCCUCUGUCGGGGGCAACCAGUGUGGCUCGUCAGAUAGCUCAAGUCACUGGUGCGGUUUAUCUGAGCCCUUCGGAGAUCCUCGGCUGUAUAGACCUUAAUCAUUCAUGUCUAGGUCGGAAGCACCUCCUGGAUGAUCUCACCAAGGGUUGCACCUCGCCUGAGGCCCUGGCCAGGGCAUUAUCCAUUCGAUUGGAGAGGGCAGACUGUAGAGAGCAGGGAUGGGUUAUCGAUGGGUACCCCAUGGAGGUCUCCGAGUUACCUUACCUGGCUAGGACCUAUACAGUGGAGCCGCAGCUGGUCCUUGUCUUGGAAAUGAAUCGUCGUGAAUUCGAUCGUCGUAAGGAAGAGGUCCUUGCUAGCCCGGAGCUGAUAGUGAAUGAGGACAUCCUCGAGUCCCAUUGGAGGAUGUGGAACAGUGGACCAUCGAUUGAUCUACCAACAUACAUGCUUGCUCGCUUCCUGGGGUCGGCCAGGAUCAUGACUGUUGAUGCUCGGAGGGCCACUGGGGCCCUAGCCUGGCUAGCUAUGAGGAGAUGCCAGGAUAUGGUCAAGUCGGUGUACUACUAUAAACGCCAGCAACAACAAGGCCUGCCAUCACCUCUCCCAAUGGGGGUACAUAGGAGUAUAGUAGAGAGGAUGAUGGAGGAGCAGGAGGGAGAGCUGGCCCAAUGUCGGAUGUGCCCAGUUACGUACUCCCGAGGGGCUAUGGUCAUCGGUGAGAUCCCGGUUGAGUACCAAGGUGGACUUUAUUGGAUUGGUGGGCUGAAGGCCUCAGAAGUCGCGUCCAACUUGGCGGAGUUCAUUCGUAGCCCUCAGGACUUCGUAGGGGAUAAGAUUAGUGCCUUCGCCAGGAGCUCUGGACCACCAAGGCUAGUGAUGGAGACAACACUCCCAAAGGAGUUCAAAGGCUACUGUGUUGUCGCUCUGGCCUGCAGUGGCAAGGUUGUGAAGGAGUGUGCUUAUGAUAGAGUCAUCUAUAAUGGUCGUCGAUACUGCUUAUCGGACCGUCCCAGCCUGGUUGCCUUCCGUGUAUCUCCUACUAUGUAUAUCACCAAGGCUGCUGCUAAUGCUGAGGAGGCUAUUGAUGAAUCCAUCGCCCCAACUGACCAACACCCUCACUUCGGCACAGGAAAGCCUAUCGAAAUUGAAGAGACUGUGAAAUACCUCAAAGCCUCGGUAAGUCAACAGAUCACUGCUGGUAUGAAGGAGUUGGGCGAGCGGAGACCCUUGAUCCCCGGAAGCAGUGGGGCUAAGGAGUAG